AACGAAGCAACACGUUGAGCCAGGUUUUAUGUCAAGCUGCCGAGCUCUUGUUUUCAGUAACGGUGUCUUCCUCCGCAUCGGAACUUUGGUCUACCAAAGUUGCGACUACAGUCGGCACCUGGGCAACGCGACUAGUUUUGUCAGCCAUCGGAUCCGGCAGCCGAUCCGACGCGUUCGAGGCCGUCACCCUGGCCUGGGGACUGAUCCUGGUGGCCGCCCGUCUUGCUGUCUCCUCCAACGUCUGGUGCCUCGGCGCGGAGCUCAGGAAGAGGACAAUCAGCGCCAGCGUUACGGCGGUCAGCAGGACUACGUAGACGAUCAGGCAGCGCUGCCACGAGUGGUCGUCCCACAGGUCCAUCUCCUUGGAGACGCCGACGGCUGUGCUUGCGGCCGCUGGCGUCGCCGCUCGCUCCGAUGGAUUUGUCGGAUUUGUCGGAUUUGGCGUGGCUUUUGACGUACGCCAAUGACCGCGGAUCUCCAGACUUUUCGAUCCUGGAGGAGACGCUGUUCCGGCGUUGGCCUGGGACGUUCUCCAGUGCUGAAGCGGCCUCGGCGUCGUGCGAUGUUGCUCCACCAUCGGGAUAUACUCCAAGGCUGUCUGCUCUGCUUGCCGGAAAGCCGGUGGCUGCGACAACCGAGGGCGUCCCCAACCCGGCUUCUGCUGCGCCCGUUCCCCAUGAGCAGAGGCCGCCCUCCAUGCGACUCGCAACCGGCGGCGUCCAGGCGGUCGGGGACCACGAGGAAGACGCCCCCGAGGGCGCCGCGGCAUGCGUGUUCGUCUGCAUGUGCGUCGUGGUCUUCGGAAUCGCUGGGCUGCUCGUGUACGUCUUCCGGAGCCUGUCGACCGGGCCACCGCAAAUCGAGCCGUGUACGUACGAGGCAACGGCGUUGACGGCGACGAAGGCAUCCGUAGCCUCAGAGACGCGCAAACUCGAACGCGGCGCCACUGGAAUGCCGCUGCUGCCGCUUGGGAGCAGACGUGCCACCGCACUACCAUCGCGAGGUCCCAAGGCACGUGGUCGCGGAGCCUCGGAGAGCGGCACAACCACCAGCGGCAUCGUCGGAACCGACGACGCGGAGGAAAGACACGACGAUCGCGAACAAGCAGGAGACACGGCAGUUCCGGUCCCGGUGACGACGCCUGGCGAAGAUCGGCGUCCCUUUGAACUGGUCGUGUUUGGGCCGCCGCCGAACGACGGGCGUCUUUCGAAUUCCAGCUAUGGGGAUCGGCGACGGGAGGGAAAGCGUCAUUUAGAGCACCGAGGGUUAGGAAGGCGUGUCGGUUGAAAAGCCUUCACGCGUGGACUCGCCUGAAAUGGCAGACACGCGCAUUUGUGCUGUAUAUAUAUAUGUACGCUGUAAUGACAAUUUUCGUGAUGGUGGUUAGCCGGAACACUCUGACUCACUGAACAACUUAUAGCGUGCUUCCCUAUGUUAUUUCUCGCGUUCUUUGUCUACUAUGGCUGCCGGGAUUAAAUUUGUCUCACAUUUGG